GAGUAGUUAGGUCCACCACAAGUGACACACUUUUCUCUUGGCUUUGCGUCAAGAUCAAACAAUCCUUGAAAUUUCUGCAUCGCGCUGGCGCUAGGCGACUGUAUCGAUUACAGGGUUCGCAUCGUAGCUGGCGUAUAAAUCCGCUUAACAAUGAAAAUCAUCUGAAACGAAAGUGUUUCUCUAAUGCGGCAUGCGAAAAUUUUCUCUAAUUGUGUCGGUGUUUCAAUACAGAAUAAAAUGACGACUGACGGUGAUAAAUGUGAACAAUUGACGCCACAGACGCCGGUUUUGAGCGUUGCUUGCAGGAUUUUAAGAUCGCCUAGUCACGAGAGUGUCACUACGGACUUGUCGCUGUUUUCGGUUUCUUCUGCCGCAUCGGAUGCUCACGGCGGCAGGAGACUACUAAAUUUUCAUAAAUGUGAGGGACAAUUCGUUAGGGGACAUAGUCCUAAUCCCGAAAAUAGGAAUCAAAACAGACCAGCCGAUAUACCUGAAAUUUUAUGGUUCGAAGAAGAGACUGAAUUAAUUCGUAGUUGCGCCGCCUUAUCCUCGGCCGUUGGUCUUCAAAAAAGUUUCAGUACGUCUGAUAUUAGCCAAUUACCUUCCCCUGAUGACGGACCAACGGUUCCCGGACUCCGAAACGCCGUUUCGGAGCUAGCACUGAAUUCCUUACAGAGAUCAGGUUUUAUAUUGGAGAAUGCUAGACUCGAUCAAACUUCAAGGUCUUGUUCUACGUGGGUCGCCGUAGGUGACAUCGCUUCCACUUCUCAGUUGCCUUCUCCACAUGGUGGACAGUCCACGUCAAACGCGCAACAAAAAGCGGGUACUCCACCUCCGCCAGCUUUUACCGCUGCUGAUUUCAUUCGAUCUGUCAAUAAAAAGGUUCGUCAGAACUACAUAAGGAGACGUCUAUUAACGACAUACAAAGCCAUUGAACGCCUUUCUCAAAGUGAAUUCAACCUGGAUAGAUUAGAAGUAACUCCAUCGACGGUAACGGCUAGCUUAGGAACAGAAGUAGCACCUAGCAAUUCACAAGCGGCUCCAUCCCGCCUUGUUGUGCCAGGAUCAAGUCCUACACCGAGCAAAAGCCCCACAAUAACCCCUUCUAAUAGUACAAACGCGGCAGUGCUAAGAGUCGUUAAGCAACGAGCCGGAAAAAAUCUACCGUUAACUAUAAGGGACGUCGAAAGGGAAAGGGGGAAACCCUUAUCAAAAUACGAAAGAAAUAUGAUGAUAUUCAAUUGGUUACAUACUUUGGAUGAUACUGCGUACGUGGAAGGUAUACAAUAAUUUGAUAUUGUUUGAUGUAGCUUAAAUUACAGUAUAUUUUGAGUUAAGAUUCGAAAUCAAAGAUUCUUUAUACCAAACUUGGUGAAGAGAAAUUAAUUUUUUUGUGUUAUUCGUCAUCGUAAUUUUGUUAUGCUUCUGAUUCGUACCGUUUUCAUUUAGUUAUAUUUUACUCUACUGUGUUAUGUCACUUUGGUGUUACAAUUAUUUGCAAAUCUUUUCCUUUUUAGGCUCCAAUACAUUUGUGUCGAUUCCACACGGUUCUUUCUUCCUAUCUUUUUCGAUUGCCUAUCUAUAUUCCUGUCGCAAUUUCUCUUAAUCUCUACAUCUAAUUCCUAAUUGUUGAUCUCAAUAUCUAUCUCUGUCUAUUUUCUAAAUUGUUGACUAUUUGUAAUUUUCAUCGAUACAAUUUCUUCGUGUUUACAUGAACCGUCUUUCUAAGUUGUGUUUUUAUUAUACACUUCUUACUAAAUGUGAAAUGUUAUUGAAGUUCCUCACUGACUUUAAAUUUAUUAUUUAUCUAUGUGAUAAUGGCAUUCAAAUAUGAACGUAAGUCUGAAGUUGUAUAUUUUUUUGUGAUCGGAUUUUACAUUUUUUUUAAGUUAUGUUCUAUCUAUAACUUAUACUCUAUAUUAUUUAUAUGAAAUGUUUGUAAAAAUAAAAAAAAACAAAUUCUCAUUACCUGAUGUUUGAUAUUUGUUAAUUGUAAAUCAUAUCAAAUAAAAUCGUUUUUAUUCAUAAAAA